AUGCUUAUUGAUGACCUUAAAGGCGUGACUGAAUGUACAAGUGUGGGAGGGAGAGAGAAAGAUUCAUUCGACCUCAAGUGUUCGUUCAGAAGUAUAUACACUUACAAGACAGCAAGGACUAAAAUAAGGAUCUUUGCGUCCAGCAUGGAUGUUUCUGGCAUUCCAAGCCCCCCGUACUCCCAAGCCCCAAACCCACCCUCAUCGAACCCCCCACCACCCUACCCGGGCAUUAAAGCUAACGGGAUAGUAAACGGGCAGGCUGAUAAGUCAUUCCUCAGAGCUCAGAUGGAAGUGGAUGUGCUUAAUCAUUGUUUUGAUGACAUUGAAGCGUUCAUUGGAAAAUUGCAGCAGUCAGCAGAGGCUCAGAUUAUUCUCUUCCAAAGGAGCCAAAAAAAGAAGAAAAGUCAGAAGAAAAGUGCAGACGAGGAUCUUCUCACAGCGAAAGCCAAACCACCUUCUGAGAAAGAGUUUAUCGACACUUUCCAGAAGUUUAAAUACAGCUUGAGUCUGCUGGCACGGUUAAAAUCUACAAUCUCCAAUCCGACCUCAGAAGAGCUCGUUCAUCACGUCUUCAAACCGCUUGAGAUGAUCGUGAAGGCGACAAGAGGUCCUGGUUUAGCUGCAUCCGUGUCCAGUCCGGCUAUGACACAAGGAGCCGUGACUCUGCUACAGAAUAACCUGACAGCACAGGAAAAUGAGUUAUGGGUCUCACUGGGGCCCAACUGGACACAUCAGAGAUCUGAUCUACGGAGCCCUGUGGCGCCGUACACACCUGUGUUUCUGGAUGGAUGGAAGAUUCCGGGGUCAGAGGUCGCUGGUUGGGUCGACCCGGUGGAAUCACAACACAGACAAGACACAGAGCUCUCUAAAGUAGAGCUUACGCCCUCUCAGCUCUCCGAUCAUCACUCUCCUCCUGCUCAGACCGCAGAACAACAAGAUGGUGCUGUUGUGAAAGAAAGGUUAUAUCGCUGCAGUUAUGACUUUGUUGCACGAAACAACAGCGAGCUUUCAGUACUGCAAGGAGAAAAACUAGAGGUGAUUGAGUCAUCUAAGCGCUGGUGGAAGUGUCGUAAUAAAUUUGAUGAGGUGGGAUUUGUGCCGUUCAACAUUUUGGAGCCCAACACACACAUGGACAGCCCUGAAACACAUAAAACUCCAAAGCCGCCCGCUGCUCCACCAAUCUCCAACACCCUGCCCAGCCUCUCCGCCUUGAGCUCUGACCCUAGCUAUCCUCGACCACGCAGCAUGGCCCUCGGACCACAACAUCACGAGGACACGGAGAAAGUGAUGCAGGUAAAUGAUGAAUUACUGCAACGAAUAACCAGUGGGAAGAAUUUGUCACCCCGUCUGACGAUUCCUCGCUCCAUGGAUACAUCAGCUCCACUGGAUUACAAUUCGCCUCCUGCAGAAGUGGAAAACUGGCUGCGAAAGAAAGGCUUCAGUGAUCCGACAGUUCAGUGUUUGCGAGUGCUGGAUGGAGCUCAACUCUUCUCUCUGAAUAAAGAAGAGCUGCGUGCUGUUAUUCCUGAAGAGGGCGCUAGAGUCUACAGUCAGCUCACAGUACAGAGAGCCCAACUGGAGGAUGCUCGUAGAGCGACAGAGUUGGAGGCUGUGAUGGAAAGACAGAAGAUGAAGGUGGAUCUGAAGCUGGAGAGUGAAACUCUAUAAAUGUAUCUGUUCAUGAUUAAACAUGCACACUGACAUGCAGACUAAUGUAUAUAUACAUCUGCUGUCAUCUCUUUAUUCUCUCUCCGUCUCACCCACGAGUGUGCUUGCACAAGAUCUUGUAAGUGUUAAUGUAACCUGCUUAGUAGAUUAUUUUCAUUUGAAAUUUAGCUUUAUAGCAUGAAAAGCAGCACAAUUAUAUACAAACUUUUACAUUUUUAUUGUAAUAUGGAUUAAUAUAUUCUCAACCAAUAAAUAUAAUGCACAAAUGUGAUGCGAGCUGAAACUAGAAAGUCAUUUUUCUGCCUGAAGGGGGCGCCAUAAACACACCUGAUUUGACACCACAAUCAAGAUUUUAUAAGUAGUUUGUUUCUCACCAGCUGCAUUUUGUUAAUUGAAGUGUGGAAUGUGUGUGUGUGUUUUGAUUUAGACAGCUGCAUGGGUGUGUGAGAGAGAUUAAUCAGGUAAUUUCACUUUUAUUAGCUGUUUCAACGGCAGUGAAAUAUUUACAGUGUUUCCUGCAUCGCUGUUUUGCAACUGAAUCUCCAGCGGCACAGCAAAAUAAAUUAUAUUUUAUCUGAGAUUGAAAUAUAUUAUAUUUUAUUUUGAGAUAAAAGAGAGUGUACUGCAUAAUAACGCCAAAACUGCACGUCUUUCUGUUGCGUUUUGUUUGCUGUCUGCAGUCAAAUACAAAAAUAAAGCACUAUUAGCAUAGUCCGAUUCGCAAACAAAUGAUCCUUUUGAGCUGAUUCUUUUAAUGAAUCGCUCAAAUGACUUACCAACUCACUAGUUACCGGUUUGAAUCAGUCUGAUUAAUUUUUCACUGUGUGAACUCAUUCAGGGGUGCGUUUCCCAUACAAUGACAUAACUCACUGUGUAACCACCAUAUUACGAUGCAUCAUUGUAGAAAUUAACUAGCUAGACACGACUGUUUCCCGAAACUGAAAUAACUAUGUUGCACAUCCGUUGUUCGAACCACGUUGGUUGAGCUGUCUUUAAUGAUGUUACUCAGCAAUAACUUCAGCAAAUAUUAAAUCAGAAUAGCUCAUUUACGAUGGCACCUCCCAUUGGUAUUCACGGUCAUUUUUGACCGGAAGGGUCAGAUAAUGUAACCCCUUUUUUUAUGCAGUAAGAACAAUAAAAUUAUGCAUUUCUUUGGGGAAUUUAUGCUAUUUUGAUCUUAUUUACAUGUAAAUGUCUAAAUUUUAACAUUAAUUUGUAUAUACAAAUACACAAAUGUUUGGGAAAAAUAAGAAAAUUCAGAAUCUACACUUCUAUAAGUUAAAACAUGAAGAAAAUAUGAGAAUGUGACAUAAAUUGGAGGCAGACUGAUGCCAUCUGGUGAGCAAAAUAUAAAUAACAUGACUUGAAAACCAUGUCAUGCCAGUAACAGCCAGUAUAUGACUGUAGUCACUGACUGUGUAGUCUGAUGGCUUGUUGUAACCUAAUUUUAUACUUUAUCACAAGAUAUGCAUUUGGAUAUAUAUUAAGACAUUAUCAAACUAUUAUUUGUCAAAGUUUAGCAUUUUUAAAAUUGAUUUGAAGUGUCAGUUUUUGCAGUUAAUGUCAUUAUAAUUGCAAUCAGACCUGACCAUGGUGUUACAAACAGAAGACACAGAUUAAGCAUUUUUCUACCAAUAAUUUAUUUCAAACAUAAAAAUGUAUUAACUCAAAGUAAAUGCAUAAUACUGUCAAGAAAAUGAACAUCUAGAAACAGAAAUGAACUGCAAAAUUCUGAAAAUUAAAUUAGAGUAUAAAACAGAAGAAUCAGAGUAAACAUUCUGCAAUUUCAAACUUUCUAUAGUAAACAUUUUUGUAAAUAUUUUGUGUGUGUGAGUGAGUGUGUGUGAGAGAGAGUGUGUCAGAUUGCUAUCAUCAGCUGGAAAACAACAGAUGACUUGUAAUGCCAACAAAGACCAAAAGAUUUAUCGAUGCCCUUGUACUGUGUGUGUGUGUGUGUUCUGCAUUGUGAGUGUGUUAUUAUCUCUCCCCUUCAUUUCUGACUGUGUGUGUUUAGCUUUGUGACUGAUUUAUUGUUUUUCUUUUGAAAAAAAAUGUAAAAAAAAAAAAUGUAAAAAAAAAAAAAGCUCUGUGUUAUGGUCUCACCAGUUCAUUUUUGUGUGUGUUUAAGUUUUAUUGAUUGUAUUUGACAGAUCAAAAAAAGAAUUGCUCUGUUUUCUUGUUUUUCUCAUUCAUUUUCAAUGGUCGGUCAAUUGUGACCGCAAAUACCAAAGGUGUUUCUGUUUUUUUACGACCACUUAGACUUAUCGAAUCAAGCCCAAUUUUUUAGUUUUAUGUUUAGAUGAAAAAUGGAGGAAAAGUCACCAAGUCUUGUACUACUCAGAUAAAGGAAACCAUUUAUUUCAUUUAUGACCAAAUACUAUAGGAGGGUUAAAUGCAUGUAAACGUGGUCACAGUCUUGACAGAAUGAAACAUAUAUAUGGAAUAAAAGAUAUAGAAGCCUC